AUGAAAGACAACAAUCGAGCAUAUCAGCGAAAUUUUGUUAAUGCGCACGAUAAAUAUGUAACGGCUGUGCUAUUGGCGCGUAUAUUAAGAUAUGGUAGGACACGAUUGCAACCAGAUCUGGCGUCGAAAACAUCGCCAGAUGCCGGCGGUGCCAGCCACUGGCCGCGGACGACGUCAAUGGCAUACCCGAUAAUCAUGGAGCGACACGACGCAACAGCUUUUUACGGUAUUGUGAGGACGAUAAAAGUAAUCGUGCCUACUGCCACACGCCUAAUUUCCCAGGUGGGAUGUGCUUGUGUCGCCCACGGCUUGAUUAAGCGAGAGGCGAGAGUGUGU